AUGGCAGAAAAGAGAGAGAAGAUCCAAGACAAGAAGGAAAAGAAAGAGAAAGAGAAAGAGAAAGCGCAAGAAAAGAGAGAAAAAGCGCAAGAAAAGAGAGAAAGAGCGCAGGAGAAGAAGGAGAAAGCGCAAGAAAAGAAAGAGAAAGCGCAAGAAAAGAAAGAGAAAACGCAAGAAAAGAAAGAGAAAUCGCAAGAAAAAGCCGUCGUCAAGGGAGAAAAACGAAUCGAAUUGCCUCGAAAUGCGCGAGCUUCUCACAACUCAUUUCCGUACGUUCUCACCAUUCCACCCAUUAUUCUUCCCACAAAACUUCCCAUCAUUCCAUUCAAUCAGCACCCCGAAAAACGUCGAUACAUUAUCACCAUUCCCGAUCUUCUCACGUUUCAUUCGCAAGGCUGGAACGAAAAUCUCAUCUCUUCUUUAUACGCUAACUCACAAAACCAAGAGCACAUUCCACAACGAAACACAUCCCAUGGAAAACUCCAUCGGUAUGCGGAUGGAUCCACGUAUAUCGGCGGAAUUCGCUUCGGGAAGCGUCAAGGCCAAGGCGUCAUGACGUACUCCGAUGGCUCCGUCUAUCAAGGAUUCUUCCGCGAAAACCUCCGCCAUGGGAAAGGAAUCAUGCGAUCGAAACAAAACCGAGUUUUCUUUGACGGCGUUUUCGAAAUGGACCACCCGAAAAAGGGAGUUCUCACAUACAACAACAAAGCUCGAUACGAAGGCACGUUCUCCAACGGGGUUCCGAACGGAGAAGGAACCUAUUACGCCAAUGGCCGCGUUGCGUCGUGGGACGGGCAGUGGGUCAAUGGCGAGAUGACAGGUCCGGGAACGUUCUUCUUCGAUAAUGGGGAUUAUUAUGAUGGCUCGUUGGUUCAGGGCAAGCGCGUUGGCUCUGGGAAAGUGUGCAAUAAGCACGGCACGUUGUUAUUCGAAGGAACGUACAAGAACGACAUCGAAAACGGACCGGGAACGGAGUAUUUCCCAGACGGGUCGUACAUGAAAGUGGAGUUUUCGAAUGGUGUGAUGAACGGUCCUGCCGUGUUUUAUGAUGAAAGCGAUCGCGAAGUGUCCCGAGGCGUAUUCUCGGACAAUGUGUUCAGUGGCGAUGGACGGUUUUUCUUCGCGGAUGGGUCGUGGUACAUUGGGCACAUCGAGAAUAACCGGUUUAAUGGGAAGGGAGAGUAUCAUUUCAACGAGAGUUGGUAUUGCUCUGGGUCGUUUGUGAAUGAUGUGUGUGAUGGGCUGGUGCAGUUCUUUAAGGGCAAAAAGCUGAUGUUCGAGGGAAAGCUUGCGCAGAACAAGGCGUACGGAAAUGGUAAGGAAUACGACGAAAGGGGAGAGGUGAUCUAUAAUGGAGCCUACAAAAAGGGGCAGAGAAGUGGGCAGGGGAGAGCAACCAUGGAAAACGGAAUGGUGGUGGAAGGACAGUUCCGAAAGGGCGAGGUUUGCGGUUUUGCUAAGAUUUUCGACAAGUACGGAAAUUUGUUGCUGUCAGCUGUAUACUCAAAAAAUCGUGCAAUAGGAGAAAUCAAAACAUUGUAUUCUGUUUGUUUUACUAUCAUGGGGGUAACAAUUUUCUCAGUACUACAAGGAAGAAGAGAUGCCCACAACAACGGUCAUCUGUUCUGUGAGGGAGAAGGCCGUCUGGCGAUCGUUGUGCGUAUUCGUGGUAUCAACCAGUGCUCUCCGAAGGUGAAGAAGACCCUGCGUCUGCUUCGUCUGCGCCAGAUCCACAACGCCGUGUUCGUGCGUCUGAACAAGGCUACGAUGGAGAUGCUGCGUCUGGUGGAGCCCUACAUCGCCUACGGUUACCCCAACCUGAAGCUGGUGCGUUCUCUGAUCUACAAGCGUGGCUAUGCUAAGCUGAACAAGCAGCGCGUUCCUCUGAUGCUGAACGAGCAGAUUGAGCAGGUGCUCGGCAAGUUCGGCAUUGUGUCUGUGGAGGAUCUGAUCCACGAGAUCUACACUGUGGGACCCCACUUCAAGGAGGCGAACAACUUCCUGUGGCCCUUCAAGCUGAACAGCCCCAACGGCGGAUUCUCGAAGAAGCUGCGUCACUUCAACGAGGGAGGUGACUAUGGUAACCACGAGGUGCUGAUUGGCAAGCUGGUGAACAGAAUGAUCUAAGAGAGAGGCUAAGAGAGAGAGAGAGAGUUAUGGUAAGAACGAUAUGAGU